CAACGCGGAAGACUAAUACAGUCGAUAAAUACAAGCGAGCGGGCAAACUCCACACAUCAGCUGCCUGUGAGCCUGUGAGGUUGGAGAGAGAUUACGUUAAACAUGCCCAGCGCUAAGGCCGAUGUUGCGGACCCACAAGGUGGAAAGGCGUAUGGAAAAUUAUUGGAAGAGUUUGAAUCCAGCCUAGAUGCAACUAACAAGAUGUUCAUCGACGGUGACGAUUUCAAAGAUGUGGAGGACCUACCGGAGAAACUCGAAGCCUAUAAGCUCAAAUUUAUUGAAUGUGAUCGGGACAAGUCGGGGGAUCUCGACAUGAUGGAUGUGAAGUAUAUGUUGGAGAAGCUGGGGCAGGCAAAGACGCACUUGGAGCUGAAGAAGAUGAUCCAGGAGGUGGACACCACCAAAUCCGGCACCAUCAACUACACCGACUUCGUCAUGAUGAUGCUGGGGAAUAAGUCAUCAGUGCUCAAACUUAUCCUGAUGUUCGAAGAGAAGGUUAAACCCAUCGAAAAACCAGUCGGUCUUCCACCAAAGAGAGAUAUCAGUAGUCUCCCUUGAAAACGCACAUACUGAUCACGUCAUCAAAACAGGAUCUCUUUGUCGUCUUCAGUUCAUCACGUGACCACCUACUGCACCACUCUUUGCAAUCAGCGAUUCUUCUGGAUAAUUGUGCUUUGGCAAAACAUUUCCAAGACGGAGCCCGUUUUUCAAGCUACACAACACAGGAACUGGAGAGCAGUUCCUUUCCAAUCUCAUUGAUUGAACGUACAUAUUCAGGACGUGUAUCUCUGAUAGGCCAGCCAUAGGCUCACUUCACUCUCAACAGCGAUACUUGUACAUAUCUGCUUAGUUUCUGUUAAAUUUCAAUCGUUAUCAGUGAGAUACAAGAGAGAUCAAGAUGUGUGCUGCAUUCAUUUUUUUUAAUUAGCCUUUUCUGUGUCUGCCUUUUUAGCAACAUGCUAGUUUACAUUGACACAUGUCAUUGAACAUGAGCUCAGCACAACGUCAGGACCUUUGCAAUUAUCUUGUUACAAAUACAUGAAAAAAGGCCGCCCGAUUACAGCUCCACAUCAUGGCACAUUAACUAAGUAAGAGAAAAGAAUCGCUUGGUCCUUGAUUUAUUUUGAGUAGUAUAGAUUUAGGUUGGGUAGUCUUUAUUGAAUUUUACACAUUUCGGAAACGGCUUCACUUCUCUAUAUGUCUGUUUUUUGCAACUGUGGAACUGUGUUUACUCAAGGUUUGUUCUCUAACUGCCACCGCUGCACGCAUUUGCAUGAUGCUUUGAUAUUUGCGUUCACAUCAAGCGGUCAUUUGUACAGAUUUCCUUUUUGUAUAUAUUGUGAAUAGAAUUUUGUAUCUCAAGAAUAAAGAAUUGGGAAACACAA